CUCGGCACAGCACUUCUGAAAGGUUGCCGACCCCUGGUCUAAAGUCACAGAUCCAGUCACCUUCUGGCUCCACAUUCAGCAGAUGGUAGUGGACAAUUCCCAGGGGACAAAGGGCUCGUCACCCUGGAGAUUGCCCACCAGGUCAAUGCCCGGUUCUCCCCACACUCCGUGCUCUGAGAUCUGGCUCUACAAGUUCCCAUGUGCAUGGUAAAAGCACGAUGCCCAGAGCUGUCCCUGCCCCUGGUCUCCAGACUUUACCAUGGCUUAUGCCCUGCAGGAGGGUGGCGGGGGGGCCCUGCGCUGAUUCUAACCAGGCCCACGUGGCUCUCUGCACGCAUGUGUUUCUUUCGGAGCCAGCUCAAGCAGAGUGGCAGCAAAGUGACCCUGCUGGUGAUAGAUGCCAAGUCAGAGGAGUUCUACCGGCUGCAGGGUGUCAGGGUCAUAGCUGCCAUGGCCGAUGCCACCACGCUGCCCUUCAAGGCCAGGAAGCUGCACAUGGUGAAAGGUCCAGACGGCUAUGGGUUCCUGCUGAAGGAAGAGAAGUGCAGUUCAGGGAUGAUGGGCCAGUUUCUGAGUGAGGUGGAUACUGGGCUGCCAGCCGACAGGGCGGGGAUGAGGGAUGGAGAUCGGCUCCUGGCCGUGAAUGGUGAGGGCGUGGAGGGGCUGUGCCACCAGGAGGUGGUGGACAUGAUCCGCGCCGGCGGCAACCAGGUGACAUUGCUGGUCAUUGAUCCGGAUGGAGACAAAUUCUACAGCUCGAUUGGGUUGUCCCCACUACUGUUCUGUGAAGAUGGGCACCCGUCAUCGGGCACUCACACCACCCCAGGAUCCCAUCCUAGCAUGCCUCAGGGAAAUGGCAUGCCUGUUGGCACACCCCGCCUCUGCCACCUUGACAUGGGGCCAGAAGGGUACAGAUUCCAGCUGCAGACUGUCGCCGACAAGCCGGGGGUCUUCAUCACACAGGUGGCUGCGGGCAGCGGUGGGAAGCGAGCAGGCCUGAAGGAGGGGGAUGUGGUGAUUGAGGUCAACGGGAGGAACGUGGAGCAGGCGAGCUACGAAGAGGUGCUGGGGAGGAUAAAGGAGAGUGGCCAGAAGCUGACGUUGCUGGUGGUGGAGCAGGAGCAGCUCAGGAGCUACGGGGAGAUGGACCUCACUGUCACAGCUGAUAUGGCAGAGGGCUGCGAUGUUGCUGCCAGGGCCAUGGCCCUGCUGGGUUCUAGCCAGGGGCCAGGGUGUGAGGAAUGGAAGGAACUGAGCCAGUCAUUCUAGCCACUCCGUGCUGGACCCGUGGGCUCAGCGCAAUCCCAGCUUUGGAGUGGCUUCAAACCAUGGCCCAGACCAACCCUGGAUACGUGAUUUUGCACGCACGAUAACUUGCACUUUAAUUCUUCACUUGAUCUGAUUUCCUGGGGAGCCGCUGCACCAAUCAGCUGAUCCUGGGUCUUUAAAGCUGCCAUUUCUCUUGAGAUUGGCCUCACUGAUUAAGGGCAAGCCCAGCAUGGGAGCAGGGACCAGAACAGGUGAGGUCAGUGAAACAAGGAGGCCCAGGGGCCUGCACCUCAGGGAAACCAAUUACCCACUUGGCUGAGGCAUCACAUCAACUUUUUAUUAACAGACACAGUGGCACCAUGUGUAACUGAAGGACAAUCAUGUCUCUUGACCCUUUUUGCUGCUAGCACUGGCUCUACGAAGGAGCUGUACCUGGGGCUGCUGCAAUAAAGCAUGGAGGUUUGGAGACGUUAAAGCUGCUGCAUUGCAUCCUAA